AAUAUCCCAUCAAGCUAGACAGCGCUCUCAAGCUGUGUUUUUGAAUUAGACAAAUUGAUAAUUCAUUGGAAUUACGAUAGUUUAUAACACAAGUUAUAUUUACUCGUAUUUUGUUCACUGUCAGCUUUGUGGUUGCACAACUGUAACGCUAGGGAGCUUACCAUCAUAAUUAAGGUGAUCUCUCCACGAAAUGAAAGCGGGCGUGCUACAUUGUCGUUGUUCCAAAUGCUUCACGGUUCCAGCACGGAAGCGGGUCCGUAAGCGUGUUACAGCCCUAACACUGCUGUCUCUACCUGAAGAGGUGCUUCUGUGUGUGCUCCAAUGCCUCUCUGCUGAGGACCUGCUGGCUGUCAGAGCUGUACACUCUCAGCUCCGUGACAUCAUUGAUAACCACUCUAGUGUUUGGGCCCGGGUCAGUUUCAGGGAUACCUGGCCAUCCCCCAACACAGUCUGGCUCUUUGAGAGGGCCGCAGAGAAGGGGAACUUUGAGGCAGCGUUGAAACUAGGGAUUGCAUAUUUGUACAAUGAAGGACCGUUGCUGAGUGACGAAGGGCGUGCCGACGUGUGCGGCCGGAAGGCGUCCCAGUUCUUCAGCCUGGCGGAGAGCCUGCGUUCCCCUACCGCCGACCCCUUCAUCUGGGUGUUCAUCCGCCCGCCCUGGUCCCCCACUGGGAGCUGCUGCAAGGCUGUGGUGUUUGACAGGCUCAAGGCUGAGUGUGAAACCAAUGUGGAGAGGAGGGGACCGUUGCUGCACUGUCUGGCCAGAGUCCUCCAGCUUUUUGAUGAGGAUGACAAGCGCGCCGAGGCCCUGACACUACUUGAAGAGUCGUCUCAGUCGGGCUGUCUACAGAGCGCUUACCUGCUUUGGGAACAUAACCGUAAAUCCGCAAUGGCGGACCCAGGCAGGUACCUCCAGUUCAUACGCACGCUCAGGGACUACGCAGCCAAAGGAUGCUGGGAAGCACAGCUGUCCCUGGCCAAGGUGUGCAGCAGUGACAACCCGCUGGGUCUGGAGCAGAGGGCCUGUGCCGACCUUGUGGCCCAGCUGUUUCGCUCCUGUCCCCCUGUGCCCCGACGCAGGGCGGAGGAGGUGCUCCGACAGGGCAUCAACGACACCAUGAGAUACAUCCUGGUGGACUGGUUGGUGGAGGUAACCACCAUGAAGGACUUCUCCAGCCUGACCCUCCACGUGACGGUGGGCUGCGUGGACCGCUACCUGGCCCUGCGCUCCGUGCCCAAGGCACGCCUGCAGCUGCUGGGCAUCGCCUGCAUGGUCGUCUGCACGCGGUACAUCAGUAAGGAUAUCCUGACCAUCCGGGAGGCGGUGUGGCUCACAGACAACACCUACAAGUAUGAGGACCUGGUCCGCAUGAUGGGGGAGGUCAUCUCUGUGCUGGAGGGCAAGAUCCGGACUCCCACUCUGCUGGACUACGGCCAGGUGCUGCUGUCUCUGUUACCCCUAGAGCGGCUCAGUGUCCACCUGUUCAGCUACUUGUGUGAGCUCACCUUGCUCUACUCAGCCCUCACUACAUACUCCUCAGCCCACCUGGCCAACGCCAUCCUGCUGCUCACACGGGCACUGCACCACUACGUUCCCAUCUGGCCCAUCCAGCUGGCUGAGUAUACAGGCUUCUCCAAGCAGGACCUGGUCCCCUGCGCUGUACUACUCUAUGUCAAGUGCUUCAGUAAGGAUGUACCCAAAGACUACAGGCAAAUGUCUCUGACAGGUGUCAAGCAGAGGUUUGAGGAUGAGGCCUAUCAACACAUCAGCAAAGAAAAGGUGAUUGACUUCAAGGAGCUGUGUCAGGUCCUGGAGGUCUUGGAGGUGGAACCCUACAUGGUGCUGCCCAGCCCCACGGGCCAGCCUGCUGACAUCCACACCUUCCUCUCCUCCCCCUCCAGCAACAGCAAGAGGAGACGGGAGGAGUCCUUGCCUGUGCACCGAGGCAGCUUUGUUGCCACACCCACGGCUGAGCUGUCCACUCCGGAAGAGACCCUGGUGGGGGACAUGCUGGACUGGAGCCUGGACACCUCCUGCUCCGGAUACGAGGGGGACCAGGAGAGCGAAGGAGAGAAGGAGGCCAAGGAGGGAGAGACCUCUGUUCUGGCCAUGACACUGGAGCUAGCAACAGAGCCCCAGGACUCCAAACUGCACUGCCGAGCCCUCUCCAGCGACGAUGACAGUUUCUGUAAGGGGGACAAAGAGGAAGAGGAUUAUGAGGAGGAAGGGGAGGGGAGCACCAGGAGCCGACAGCGAGAGCCCCUCUCCUCAUUCAUCACACCCGACUUCCACAGCUCAGGCUACUCCUCUGUCCAGAGUGCCAGCCCUUCCUCCAAUUCCUCUUCACUCCUGAUGCCCUGCACCUUCACGCCGCUGCCCCCGGACCCCACUCCAGGCUCCGCCUCCAGCACCACGGUGGCUCUGCCCGGGUUCCGCCUCCUGGUGCCGGUGCAAAGACCCCGGGCUGCAGCUCGCAAACAGGUAAAGAGGAAGAACGCAGCAGCUCACAGCGGAGGGGAGAGGGAAGGGGAGGAUGAAGAGGUGGUAUAUGCCUCAAGUGUAGGUUUCCUAAGCCUGUAAGCACUGACUUGAAUCACCGUUGAAAGGAUUCAGAUGUUUUUCUACCACCCUGCCUCAACUUUUCCCUGCCUCUCCUUCACCCUCUUUUGCCAUGGUUGUUCAUUAGGCACCAAACUGAAGACAAACAGACCCAAAAGUAAAAGGACUACCUGGACUUGUCCAAUAAGAAAUUAUAAUUUCUGUCUCCUGUUGAAAAACAUUUUUAAAUGUUCCUGCCCUAAUGAACACGACCCAGGAGCACUGUCCUGUCAUUGACAAUACUCUUCUUCGUUCCAUGAAGGCCUGAAAUCUGCACUAAUUCCUGGAAUGCCAUAAGAUCACAAAUACCUGUUGUAAGCUUUACAGACAAACCCAAACGGUCAUACCAGAAUCCAGACCUUUUCUUUAAUUCGUUACAUUUCACACAAGUAAACACAGUCUCCUGCUUGAGAAAGAUAAGAUGGCUCCCUCUCAUAUUUCACUGACUUCUUUUGUAUCCCAAAUGACACCAUAUUCCCUAUGUAGUGCACUACUUUGACCAGAUUCCUGUUCAAAAGUAGUGCACUGCAUAGGGAAGAGGGUGUCAUUUGUGACUACCUUCAUCAGCCUAAAAACCACUGGAACAACUCUUCACUCUCCACCUCAUGACUUUGUUACAUUGCAUUGAUCCAGAUUGUGUUCUGCGCUGGUCUCACGCAUUGACUUUUGCAACAACAACAACAUCUCAGAUGUCAAAGGAUUGCAGCUACCACCUAAAAAAGACACUUCGUGGACCAUUUUGAAAUAUGUCUGUAUGAAGACUUUCACAAGUGAAAAGAACCUCAACCUGCAUUGUUGACUGUAUUGACUGUAAUUGAUUACAAGUAUUAAUCAAUGCAACAGUUUUGUUUUGCUCUCUGCAACUCUUCUAAUGUUGGGAGUUUCAUGAAUCACCGUUUAUACCAGUGAAGAGAUUCUGAUAUGCACUGCCUGUACAGAAUGGUCAGGAGUUGGCUGCUCUGUACUAGCCUGGGAUCCAAACUGAGUAGUGAAACAAAGCCAUGUUCAGUUUGGAUUCCAGGCUCAAUUUGUACUUUAGAUAUCUACUAUUGUGAAGUCUUAAGCCUUAUUUUGAGUCUGAAUUUUCUCUGAUCCAUUUUUGUCAUUCCUCUGUUCACAUACCAAAGGUACUUUAAAACUUAAUUGAGGUGACUAUCGGUGGGUAAAUAGCUUUUACCUGUAAAGACUGAUAUGAUAGUAAUUCAAGCAUAUGGAAAU